UAAACAUUCGGCAGUCUAGUUGCAGCUCAAACCUCCCCUGGUAAUUUUUCAGGCAUCAAAAACACCACAAUCGUCAACCCCGCCGUUGAAUUCCAGGUUCUCUCAUCAUCCGAUUCGGUGACAAGCAGGGACACAGCCUAGGAGGCUUGACUUUCUUGAUUGCUAUUCAACUUGCCUCUGAUGCUCAAUAAUGGCAAGUUUCUCCUUUUCUUGAACCAUGGCUUUCUCAACUCCAUCACCUCUGUAUUUUCGUCCUACGCAUGUUCAAUGACCGACUCUCUAUGCCAAAUUCGGGAAACAAAAUAGAGGAUCCAUGUCAGGAAUGCAGAGACCGCCACUUGAAAUGCGACGACAACUACCCAAAGUGCAAACAAUGUGAGCGCUUGGGGGGAAAAUGUCGGAGGGGGAAAGGGAAACUCAAAUUUCGCCAUGGUUCCAGCGCCCGGUACGAUGCGACUUUUGCCAAAGAUCAAACUUGGCUUGAUCAGACCAGAAAUGCGAAAUUCCAAUUUGUUGAUCAAGGCCCAGAGUUGGAAAACUACUAUUCCCAAGAUGACCUCACGGUCAUCAGUGGCAGACCAGUUGUCGAAGAAACCAAGCAAGAGAACGAUACCAUCGCGUACAAGCGAGUGGAAACCUCCCACAAUGCAGACUUAUCCCCCACUGUCCACAGCGCACCGCCAUCCGAACCUCUGUUCUUAUCCCCUAGAGCGUCAAACAACGAAACUGUUCUUGUACACGCACCUAUAAAACGACGACGUACCACUGAUUUUACUACCGCCGAGGCUGCUCUCAACGCGGAGCAAUGGCCGCAUGCUGCUUACGAUCCUAUCCGUUCACAAUAUCGAAUCUACAACCACCCUCCGAAAGUCUUCAGCCCCCUCAGUCAAAACGGCUACACCUCCAUGCCUGAACAACGCUAUGUUCCAAAGGUGGUGGAAGCGGAAUAUAGGCGCCUUGCGGACUCAGCUGCUGCGGCCAUUCCGCCAGAAGAAUUACUUUCACCAGCAAUCUGGAAAGAAGAGUUCUAUUGGCCUAAUCAAUAUACCACCACACAAUGUGCUUGUCUGAUGCGGUAUUACAUUGAGCACCUUGCAACUUGGUUUGACGUGGGUGACCCAGCAAGACAUUUUGCCCUUACUGUACCACAACGAGCAAGAAGGUGUCCUCCACUACUCAAUGCCAUAUUCACCGCGGCAUCACGGCACCUAGCCUCUGUGUCUCAGUACAAAACAAUAGAUGGGGUCAUCAGAUAUCAGGAUGUACUUUUACCGAAACUCACCAAGGAGACCGCCCUCAAUUACCACAAUGCGUGCAUUGCCUACCUAAUCAGAUUAUCCAAUGACCCGGAACAUGUCAGGGACGAGAACCUCCUCGCUGCUUCAGUAAUCCUCCGCUAUUACGAAGAAAUCGAUACAGCGUUCACCGGCGAGGACAGCGAGACAUUUCUCCACACCUUUCAGAUCUUCGUCAGAGCUCAAGCAAACCCGUAUUCGUAUAUCCUGGACAACGGACAAAACUCGGAAUACCUCAGGCCUGGCUCGGCGGCAGGUAUACACGAGAACGCUCUCUCCUAUCUGAAGAGUUUUCAGCAUGCAGCUUUCCGGAUUGCCCUGAGACAGGAGACUACCAUUGCCUUUCUCAAGCAGAGAGCUGUCCGCCUACCUUUGGAAACAUGGUCGAUCCUCCAAGGUUUUGACGAGGUGGAAGAUUUCAUCUGGGCCGACCGGCAUCUCUUCCAUUGUGCCAACGUCUUGCAAUUCUGCUUUGGCCCAGAAAGUGGUUCUGGAAAGACGCAAAUCGAGCGGUGGAAGGAACUCAAGCGGUUUGAAGAUCAAUGGGAUCAAGCGAAGCCAUUGUCAUUUGCGCCAAUCCAUUACCAGGAGCCUGAUCGGUCCAAAGGGGAAUGUCUCCCUCAUAUAUGGUACAUGGCGGAAGUGCAUGUUACUGGGCAGCUUUUCCUUGAUCUAGCCCGGAUCCUGUUGACGGUGUACAAUCCGAAUAUUCCUCGAAUCGGUCCAGGAGUCACCGCGGCUCAACGACGAGUCACGGAUGAAGUGCACGAUAUUGUGAUCCGUCUAUGCGGUACGGCCAUGUCGAACCCAUCAUCACGGCCCGCGAUGGUCCAAGCUUAUAUGGCAAUUGCUGUCUGUGGAGAGUAUUUCUACGAUCCUCUCGAACAACAAGCUCUGCUGGGGGUCUUGGAUAGGUUGAAAAAGGACCACGGCUGGCCCACCGGCAGGACAGCCUUGGAACUGAAGAGGGAAUGGGGACGGCCUUCUUGAUUUGUAUGAACAAUUUUUUCCUUGUCGCGUGGAAGCAGGAUAUGUUGGACGUCACGGCCUCGAAAAGGAAAUACUUUGGGGAGAUAGGGAACAUAUUUCCGCCGUCGGGUUAUCUUUUCGCCUAAAUGGCCAACGAUCAUGAUGAUGGAAUCAUCACUACUGAUGCGGGGACAACAACGACGUCAACCCCUCACCUUACAAAUACAUUUUCUGGUCCAA